UAUCUUGCAUACCUGCACACUCACAUACACAUAUCAAAUAACAAGGGUGAACCUAACUUAAACCCUUUGCCCAAACACCAAAACACAUGGUCCCGCGGACCAUUGGGAUUGCUCCAACACUUAGACCAUACUGUUGAGACUUCUUGUUGUCGCCUUCAAUUCCUUUAGUACUUACACCUAUAAGAGUAAUAUUAGGGCUAUUGCAGGGUUUUCUAGAUUUUGAAUGAAAAAUGUGAGGCAAAAAAGCGAUUCUGAUAUGAUCAAUGCAUCUCCAUAUAGCAGUUUUUUUUUUUAAACUCAGUUAUACAGGAUAAGAAAUAUGAUGUAAGAAGAGUAGGUAUUAAUUGUCACUUGUCAGAAUUUAGACCAUACUUGGUGUCUUCAAUUCUUUUAAUACUACACCUAUAAGAGUAAUCCUCAGAGGUUGUUCAGGUCAAGAUUUUGAGUGAAAAGGUGAGGAAAGAAUGAGAUUUUUUAUAUGCCCAAUGCAUCUAUAGCAGUGUCUUAUUUAUUUAUUCUCUCACAAAAAGCGUUGCUCUUUAUCUUUUGGCCAAUUUACCAAUUCGUAUCAUUUUUAGAAUUUUCACUCGGUUGUGCCCUAGUUUCGUAGGGUUAUCAAAUCAUGCCACCAUUCAGUUUUUUGCAAUGUCCCUGUAUCCUGUGUCCAACAAUCUGAUUUUCUUCUUCUUGACUUAACUAGAUCAAAUCUCAAGUUUACCUUUUGGCUGAUUGUGAUUCUAGUUGAUUUAAAACAUUUUAGUUGACUCAAAUCGAAGCUAGUUGAAUCAAAUUUUGUCGGUUGACUAAAAUAGAUAAGAUCUACUUAAACGAUCAAAUCUUUAAAUUUCAAACAAUAAUUUAGUUGAUUGCUCAGUCGACUCAAAUCAUGAGCAAGUUGUUUCCAUAUGUCGACUAAAUUACAUUAAGUUGAUUAAAGUUGAAAUAGAAAACUUUUGUUUGUUAGCAAAAUGUUUUUAGUUGGCUAUCAAGUUGAUCGUCAAUUGACCAUCAAACUUGACUAUUCUUUUGACUCAUUCUGCUUGUCAAGGCUUAAAUGAACUUAACUGAUUGCUCAGUCGACUCAAAUCAAAAGCAAGUUGUUUCCAUCUAUCGACUAAAUUAUGUUAAGUUGAAAUAUAACACUUUUGUUUGUGAGCAAAAUGUUUUCAGUCAGCUACCAAGUUGGCUUGUCAGUUGACUGUCGAACUUGACUAUUCUUUUGACUCAUUUUGCUUGUCAAGACUUAAAUGUCCCUGGAAUACCCUAUUUUUUGGUUGAGUGCAUGAUUAGGUAAAGUCUACUAAAAAAUCUCUUAUAAUCUCUCACAUCUCACAUGGCAAGAAGUCUUACCUUUGUUCUUCUUCCAUCUAUUAGUAGUUGUUUUCGUGUAUUGGGCUUCAUCCGUCUAUCAAGGUUCCAGUCAACAUUGAUUUAUCAAGACUUUUUGUUGCCAAUUUUUUGUGGAACUUCUCCAUCCACCAAAUAUUAGUUAACUUGGCCGACUUGGAUUUCUCCGUACUUUUUAUUGCUAAUUUUUGUGGAACUUCUCCAUCCACCAAAUAUCAGUUAAAUUUGACCCACUUGGACUUCUCCCUACCAUUGCACCUGUUGUUACCCAUCAAAUUUUUUGCACCUGCACACUUAAUAAGCAAAUUAAUAAACACAACAUUAACCUAAUUUAAACUUUCGAUCAUUUGAAGUAUGAUUGCAGUUGCACCAACGGUACCAUUCUAGAACAUCCUUAAUAGCUCCAAAUAAGUCAGCAAUCUAAUUAUAGAAUUAACUUGUUGGGUGUUGAGAUGUACAAAACCUUAUUUGCUCAAUUAGCUGAUUUUCAUUUUGAAUUGAAAUUGUUUGCAUGUGAGUUCAUUUACAUUUGAAAUGUGGGUUUGGGGAUUAUCCGUAAAAUUGUCUUAGUCAAUGCAAAAUGAGUUAACAAGCUGAUUUCAGAAUCAGGAGUUCAUUUAAACUUGAAAUGUAGAUUUCACAACUUAUUCCAUCCUAAAAUAUCUUAAGCAACCCAAAAUGAGGUAAUAUAAUGAUUUCAAAAUCAACUUGUUGGGGGCAUAAAUGCACACAACACUCUACAAGCUAGUGAGUUUGUUGAUUUAUCUUGGGUUGAAACCUUCUAAGUGACUUCAUUUAUGCUUGAUGUUUGACUUUUAAGAUUUAUUUCGUCCUAAACUAUCCUAAAAUUCUAUCAAUAAGCUAAUGUCAGAGUCAACUUGUUGGGUGCAGAAAUGCACAAAAUUCUUAACAAAAUGAAUUGACUAAUUUUGUGUUGGGAAUCUUGCAUGCGAAUUCAUUUACACCUAAAAUGAUUUUGAGGUUUAUUUCAUACUAAAAUGUCCUAAACACUCCAAAAUGAGUCAACACUCUGUUUCAAAAUGCUGAAAUCAGCUUGUUGGGCGCAAGGUAAGAGUAGAUAGGAAAAGAAAAAGCUGAAAUUGGGUGUGAUUUGUUAAAUUUGGGAAACUAGGUUGCAUCUUGUAAAACAAUGAAAACAAAAAGGAAAGAUGUGGUAAAUUGCCCGUAUCAUUUCAUUGCUCAGUUGUAUUAGAUGGUCUUUCUGGAAAUUGCUGCGUAGUUUAUUAAUCAUUGGUUGUCUAGUUUUAUUUAUGAUGUCAUUAGUUUAAUGUUGUUCUGGAAUCUUCUUGAACAAGCCCAUAUGGAAACACCAUAGUUUUGGUAUAUUGGAAAUCUACACCAGGGACCGUUCGUUUAUAUAGAUAUUUGUUGCCUUAUCUAAACUGAAUUCUAUUUUUCAUCAUGGUGCAGCUGAAUAAUGGUGAAUAUAUUAGUCCUCUGUCUCUCUACUUAGCUAUGGAAAAGGGAGUAAGAAGAAAUUUGCUAUCUGUGCCCAUGAAGUGUAGACGCUUUGUUCCUAUUCUUCAGAUACUAAUUUGGUUUUCACUCAAUUAUAUAUGUUAUGGUACUCUGACCGACAUUGAAUGCUUAAGAAGGUUCAGGGGUUCUGUAAACGACCCUCAACACAAUGUAUUUGAUUCGUGGAGUUUUGACAACACAACAGAUGGGUCUAUAUGCAAGUUUGCUGGUGUUGAGUGUUGGCAUCCUGAUGAAAGCAGAAUCCUCAAUCUUCAUCUUUCCUACAUGGGACUCCAAGGCCAGUUCCCAUCAGGACUUGAGAAUUGUACGAGUCUGAUUGCGCUUAACCUAUCAGGCAAUAACUUUUCUGGAUCUAUUCCUUCUGAUAUUGACAAAAGGGUAUCUUUUGUCACAAGCCUUGAUCUUUCAUUCAAUAGUUUCUCAGGUGCAAUUCCUCCCAGCCUUUCUAAUUGCCGCUAUCUUAAUUCCCUCAAGCUCCAGCAUAAUCAAUUGAGUGGACUCAUUCCUUGGGAAUUAGGCCGCCUCAAUAGACUGACAGACUUUGAUGUUUCUAACAAUCAGUUAACUGGUCCAAUCCCAUCAUUUGAGAAUGCCUAUUCAGCAAUGAGCUUUUUAGGCAACCUUGGACUAUGUGGACGACCAUUGGAUGGAUGUGCAGGGAGUUCAAAGAAGUCCAAUGCUGGGGUAAUUAUAGGCUCAGCUGUGGCCGGUGUUGUUAUAACCAUCAUUAUUGGUGGGGUGGUUUUGUAUUUUUGCAUGCGGAGAAUGCCUAUCAAGAAAAAAGAAAAGGACAUAGAAGAAGACAAGUGGGCGAAGUCUAUAAACGGAGUUAAAGGUGUCAAGGUGUCUAUGUUUGAGAAAUCUUUGUCAAAGAUGAAGUUGAGUGAUCUCAUGAAAGCAACAAAUGAUUUCAGCAAAGAUAAUAUGAUUGGUGCUGGUAGAACUGGGACUCUGUACAAGGCAACACUUCCAGAUGGCACUUUUCUUGCUAUCAAAAGAUUGCAGGACUCGCAGAAAUCUGAAAAGCAGUUUGUAUCAGAGAUGGCGACACUUGGAAAUGUUCGGCAUCAAAACUUGGUUCCACUUUUGGGUUAUUGCAUUGCCAAAAAAGAGAAGCUCUUGGUUUACAAGUACAUGCCCAUGGGGACCCUCCAUGAUCAGCUGCAUGAUUCUGCUUCACAAGGGAAAAGUUUAGAAUGGCCAACAAGACUGAAGUAAUAUAUAAGUUUGGCAAUCUAUUUAAGCAUUUCUUAAGGCAUCAAAGCAACAUUUAUUUCGUGCCUUACAUGGAACUUAAAGUGGCCUUGUAGAUCAAGUUGUUUCAAAGGAACUUAAAAUAGUAUAUGUAAGUAAAAAAUAUGAUGAUAAUCUCUUCUUUUUUUUUUAAAGAUUUUUCUCUGGUAUUUCUACUAUUUCCAUGUUUUUGUUGUUGUGUUUGUACAUGAGUGGCAAUCUACUACUGCAUCUCUCUAAUGGCGCUA